GCGCGGUUCGCCUCCACCUGACGGCUACACCAGUCGCGAUUUCAAAUUAUCCGGGACGAGAGGUGUCGCGAACAAUUUUUCUCUCCUUGUCGUCGCGUGUUGUCCAGGACGCACGGCGAUGUGUUCCCGCGAUGCGUUGCUGCUGCUUUGCUCGUUCCUGGUGCUCGCCGGUCACCGAUGCGAGGAAAACGCCACCGCUGCCGUCGCCACGGAGGAAAACGCGCUGGCAAGAUUGGUGAAGAUGUUCUCGAAGCCGGGAGCUUUCAAACGAAUCAACGCGAUACUCGGUGAGAAUUCGAUCGAGGAGUCCUACACGUCUUGUCCGAAAGGCGAGGAGGGCCUCGAAUGCAGGAGGGCGGAAGCGCGGCGAUCCGUCGACUGUCCGGAAGGCGACUGUUACUGCUACAAUUGCGCCGCGGCCGGCCCCGAAUUGUGGGCCUCGUGCUGCCGCGAAAGCCUGCGCUGCUGUUCGCAUCUUGCGGCCGCUUGCCGGACCUGCGACCAUCCGACGUUGUACCCGUUUUGCUCGAAACACUUCAAGAAGUGUCUCGUCGAGGACGACGGGAAGAAGCAGGACUGACGUCGCCGUCGUCGUCGUCGUCGUCGAUCAUCGUUCCAUCGACUCGAGAUGAUACCGUUUAACCCCUUGCCCGUGGAGACUCGUCAACGUCCGCGCAGAGCAAUCUCGAUCGAUUUCACGCUCGAUUCACCGCGAUAAAAAGAAACCGCGCGAUCCUCUUGCGACAUCUGCAAUGAGUCACUCGGAUAGGAAUCUCGAUCUUCUUAUUUUUUCGCCGGAAGAAUAGAUCGACGCAGGUCCAGAUACCAAUGUACGCGAAGACCUUGCUGCAGGAAACUGGACACAGUUCUUUUAGUAACUAUUUUUCGUAAAAUAGUAUUAUAUUAUAUAUGUGCUAUACAGAAUGUCUCAAAAUUAUGGUACCUCCGGGAAAUGAG